AUUUAUAAAAAGAAAAAUUCAUUUUAAAAUGUCCUUCUCUUUUGGACUUGGCAUGUGCUCAAAAGUAGUGUUUUAUACUAUUGUUUCUGCAGUUGCAUCAGAAAUUGUAUGGAAAAUUGUACAGAAGUACUUCUAUCAACCGUCUAUAGGAUCUGAAAAGACCAUGGUAUUAUUUUUUCCUGAUAAAUCACUGAAGAAGAGAACGGAUCUAUACUCAAAAACUGCUCUUGGAGAAAAUUUAGAAUUAAUUUUGAAGUACCUAGAUGAAGCAAAAAAGUCAUUGGACAUUUGUGUAUUUUUUUUAUCGUACAAUCCACUAGUCAAUGCUGUUAUCAGAGCCAGAAAGAGGAGACUUAAAAUUAGAGUUAUUACAGAUGAGGAUACCAUGAAAAAUGCAUAUAGCCCGAUAUAUGACUUAGUUCAAAACAAUAUUGAAGUUCGAUCCAAAGCAAUGGAUCAUUACUUAAUGCAUCAUAAAUUUAUAGUUAUUGACAAAAAGAUACUUCUUAAUGGUAGCGCUAACUGGACACCACAGGCAUUUGAAGGAAAUUAUGAGAAUAUAAUUAUAACGGAAAAGAAAAAUAUUGUAAAGUCAUUCGUAAAACAAUUUAACGAUCACUGGGCAAAGUUGGAAGUAAAAUACGACCCAAUACCAAUUAAAAUUUAAUCAAUAUCUAAUGCGAUCUAAUGUUAAUAACUAUCUUGAUCGAUUUACUAACGUGCCAAGACUUGUAAGAUCUGAAUUUAAAGAUAAAAAGUGACAAUUAAUUAUUAAGUUUAGAAUCAC